GCCAUCGAAGCAUCCAGGAGGGCCGAAUGCUCUGUCUGGGAAGCGAGUCUCUCGUGAGAAUAAGAAACCUGCCAGAGGAAGCGGCAGCCACGGUCAAGGCCCAAAGAAAACACACAACCCGCCCAAGAAGCGCAAGCAGGCAACAACGUCGACGGUCGGCAUCAUCGCCAACAUUGACGAGAUUCAGCGUCUCAACAAUCUCGUCGACUUUUUCCGCGACCGGCUGCAGAAACUCGAGGACGAAAGCAAGACAAUGAAGAUUAUCAACCAGCGUCAAAACCAAGCCAUCAAAAAGAUGGACCGUGAUCAAGCUGGCUUGCCCUCGGUGCUCAGCGGGCUCCAUGACGAGCUGCGGGUGCUCAAGGUGGAGCGCAAGAUCCACAUUGAAAAGCUGAUUGCGGCAGACAAGCGGUCGCAGACACAGACUGAGGAGAGUGUUCGCCUGCAAGAAAUCGUUGCUAAGCUCAAGGAGCUGCUCAAGGCACGCAAUCUCGAAGGCGUCGACAAACUACAGGAGCACAUCAAACGACUCCGAGAUGAACUCGAGGCUCGUGACAACAAAGUCGAGGAGCUGACGCGCAAGGUUGCCAGCUCCGAGCACCUUCGAAACAUGGAACUGCGCGAAAUCCGAUCGAAAUACAGCAAGCUCGCGAAAGAGUGCGAGCGACUCAGAGAAGAGAGCGGAAAACUCGCGGCGCAAGUGCAGGAGAAGGAUAGAAAGAUUGCGGCAAUGUCGAUCUACAACAACAUUCACCGACCGCGACAGCGCACCAUGUCCAUGUCCACCGACAUGGUUUGCGAGCUUCCAACUGACGAUGAGCCCAACCCAGGCAGUCUGCGCACACUCUCGGAGACGACGCCAUAUCCCGAUCUACCCUUUCGCCUGGCCUACUCGCUGCCCGGAUCGAUCCGAGCGCCAUCCAACCUGUCGCUUCAGUCGGGAAUCUCUCUCUCAAACGAUCUAUUGACUUUGGAGCGCCUGAAUGAACUGGGCUGGAGCCUCAGUCCGCCUCCAGCAAACUUUGAUGAGGAUGACAGUCUGGAAGCAAAGACUGGCGCUGCCGCUGCGGAGGAACAGGUCGACGACAGCGCUGCUCAAGAGAUACCGGCGUGUUUCCCGCAUACAGACAUCCCGCUCGACGGCAUUCCAGAGGAACACUGCGACCGUGCCGACGAGGAUGACGAUCUUGGCUGCCAUGGCAACGAUACGCUCGGAGGAUUGUCGGUGCCAUCGGAUCCUGCCAAAACCCCGCUCAAGCUCAGCGGCGGUGAUGAGGCAGUGUAUGGCCAUGACUUUCACAGCCCGUCUGCGUCGCCAGUAGCCAGCGGAUCUGCCAAGGGCUCUGGUGAUAGUCCCGCCGAUGACUCUCAGCAUGCUCUAGCAAUGGACAGUGCCGGCACAGGCCAAGCACAGGAACAGGAGCACACCGAAACACCUGCGCUGCAACACCCACCAUCGACGCCUGCACCUGCGAGCACGAGACGGUUCAAGCCCAAUUUGUUUUCCAAAAUGCGCAAAGAGCCUGCGAAAAGCGCUGUCUCACAGGAGGCAAAUCCCAGCAUCGAUACGCACGACACCAAUGCCAGCACACACAGCGUCGUCGAUCACGAGCCGAAGAACGAUGUGCAUGAAGCCGAUGCCGACAACUCCAGUCACAGCAUGCAAAGUGCGAAUGCAAGCGACGAGAGUACCAGUCGUGGGCCAACCGAGGACGAAACGAAUACUCCCAAGAUCCUUGAGCGACUACCACCUGCCCAUGAGCCAUUCAGGGACGAGGAUGGGUCCGCAAAUGACCACUCGGUCCAACUAACCGAAUCCGAGGCAGAAGGGGCGAUGCAUGCCGAUACCGACAAGAUGCCUCCCCGCUUCGACGAGAAACUCCCUGACGAAAGCGAUAUCGAAGCCAACAGCCAGCGUCCCAAACAGCCGGCCAAGCUGGGAAGACUAUCGAAUGCCUCGAUCUGGCUGCACUCCUCCACACCCGACGCUCUGCCAGCCAAGAGCAACACAAAGCCCCCAACUCCACUGGAAAGCAAGAGCAAGCCACACAAGCUCGACUUUUUACGAGAGGCGGUCCAUGAUGGUGCUGCCAAGGCUGCUGAACGAGAUGCCCAGCCAUACAUCCCAAGCGCCAUGGACGGCACACCGCGCAGGAGCCGCAAGGCCGAAAAAACACCGCCGAGCCAGGAACAGAGUACUGUCCGGGACGGAAAGCCCCGCGAUGGAGAUCCUCGCCGACACAAGGGCACUGAGAAGCCCGGCUGGCUCGGCGGCGUUCCGACCCUGAGCAAGCUGAGCCUUCAUGGUGGCAAACCACAGAAGCAUGCAUGAUUGCAGCCCGAUCAGCAGGGGGAAGGUUGUGGUGCCUGCCACAAGACACUUUCGAGAGAGAGAGA